AUGCCGACGACCUUCCUCGGCAGCGCCCUCCGGGGCACCUUCUUCUUCGUUUUUGGUCUCUGGUGGUCUGUGCGAUACCCCCUGAAGUAUCUCAGGCGGAAAGCCAAUGCUGAGGGCCAGCCGAGCCAUGGGGUCCGGCGCGUGGAGGUCUUGGAAGGGGCCGUCAAAGCUUUCUUUGCUCUGGCAGGGAUACUGGUGGAGCAGUUUGUCCCCGCUGGUCCCCACCUGCAGCUGUACAGCCCCAAGACUCACAGCUGGACGGACCUCACCCCCUGGCACUACACCACCGUCUACCUCUUCUUCCUCCUCUCCGGCAUCGUGGACGUUGCCUCGCACUCCCCGCUCAAGCUGCCGCUCGGCUUAGAUCGGCUCACGCUGGCCGUGGCGCUGUUCGUCGAAGGUUUGCUCUUCUGUUGCCAUGACUCCAGCGACGCUGCGCUGGACCACCACCUCCAUUCCCUGCUGGCCGUGGCUAUCUUUGCUGGAGCCCUCUGUGCCCUCCUGGAGGUGUUCCUCCGAGACCACAUCAUCCUGGAGACCUUCAGGACCAGCUCCUUCCUCCUGCAGGGCUCCUGGCUUUGGCAGAUGGGGUUUGUGCUGUCCCCUCCAUGGGGAGGACCAGGCUGGGACCAAACCGACCAAAACAACUUCACCUUCCUCACCAUGUGCUUCUGCUGGCACUACGCGGGCGCUCUCACCGUCCUGGCCGCAAACUCCGCUGCGUCGCGCUGCUGCAACGAGUCCUGCCAGCUGAAAUUCGGGGACAUCGACGUGGAGCUGGACUGCGGCAUGUGCAUCCGCAAAGGCAAGGAGAGCUCCAGCGGCGCCCUGCUGCCCGAGAGCCCCUCGGAUGACAAAUGA